AUGGGGAAAGAACAACAGAAGAAGAAACAGGAAUUAAGAAGUCAACGCCGGUCCAUCCGCGAGGCCAAGCAAGAGGCCCAAACGCGGAGAGAAAACCUCGAGGCUCAGGCGGCCUCCGCUGCGCCCAUACUCAUCCUCAAGGACUGCGGGCUCGCGACGCCGCAGGAUGCCAGGUCACAAGCUCCGAGCCAACUGUCUGAGGAGCUCAGCAGUUGCUCCGAAGAAGAAAUACAAUAUGUAAAUGAUGGCGGGAAUAAAGGCCGCCUUCAAGGCGGUCGUUGGUCGUGGCGAGGCGGUGGCUUGAGCUCGUCCCUCGGCUUCUUGCGGGAGUUGGCGUCUCGUCUUGACGGAACACCCACAUCCGCGAGGACCCGGUGCCGGCGCUCCCAGGCCCCUUUGGGACUGCUUCGAACCCCCUCUUGCGGCCCCGUUGCACAGCGCUGUCAGACCCAUUCCAGACUCCUCAUUCCAGCCCUUCAGACCCCAUUCCAGACCCCUGUCCCAUCAGACCCCAUUCCAGACCCCCAUCCCAUUCCAGACCCCAUUCCAGACCCCUGUCCCAUCAGACCCCAUUCCAGACCCCUGAGACCAGACCCCCCAUCAGACCCCAUUCCAGACCCCUGUCCCAUCAGACCCAUUCCAGACCCCCUGUCCCAUCAGACCCCAUUCCAGACCCCCUGUCCCAUCAGACCCCCAUUCCAGAUCAGACCCCAGACCCAUUCCCCCUCCCAUCAGACCCCAUUCCAGACCCCCUGUCCCAUCAGAUUCCAGACACCAGACCCCCUGUCCCAUUCCAGACCAUCCCCAGACCCCCUGUCCCAUUCAGACCCCCUUCCAGACCCCCUGUCCCAUCAGACCCCAUUUCCAGACCCCCUGUCCCAUUCCCAUUCCAGACCUGUCCCAUCAGACCCAUUCCAGACCCCCUGUCCCAUCAGACCCCAUUCCCCCAGACCCCCUGUCCCAUCCCCCAUUCCAGACCCCCUGUCCCAUCAGACCCCAUUCCAGACCCCCCAUCAGACCCCCCCUGUCCCAUCAGACCCCAUUCCAGACCCCCUGUCCCAUCAGACCCCAUUCCAGACCCCCUGUCCCAUCAGACCCCAUUCCAGACCCCCUGUCCCAUCAGACCCCAUUCCAGACCCGCCUUUCCCCUGCUGGCGAUAA